AUGGCCUCACUUGCAUCAAGGGAGGCAUCUCCUCUUAUUGCUCCAGCCACACUAGAAGGACCUUCCAACGCACCUACAAGUUGCGCAAGGGUCAACCUCUGUCCAGAAAUCCUCUGGCAGCAAGAGAAUGCUACAAAACUCAAUCACCUGCACAGAUAUCUCAUAGGCAACAAUGCCAGCAGCAGAUCUCAACCCCUAGCGCUCCACAGACUACUGGAGAAGAACACAGGACAUCUUAUCAGCCAUCUAGACGCUUGGAAACAAACCAUGUUCACAGACCCACACACACCUCCCAGAAGAGUCUUCACAGUCAUAGACAACACCCUCAAGGCCCCUUCUGGCUCCAGCAGCUCAGGCAACAAGGACUUCUUAGUCCCUAUCAAGGAUGAGCCUGACCCAAAGGGAAAAAGGGUCAAACUGGAGUCACCAGAACCACCUAAAGCGACCCCAAACACCUCCUGGGCAAUUCCACACACCCAGGAGCACCUUGACCACAACCCAGAGCAGCCCUUCAUCAGGCCAACACCUGUAGAUCUCCCAAGCACAUCUCAAGCAGCAACAAGUAAUCCCCUAAGCAAAGGAUAUCUAUCAGCGCAACAAGGAGAAACAGAUGAAGAGAAGGAGGCAAGAACGCUACACAACAUUGCUACCAUCAUGGGCAGAGCCUUAUCUGUCCCACUUCAGAGCUUCAGGGGACUGUCCCAAACUCCUGGCCCAGUUCAAGCAAAGUCAAAAAUCCCUGCUCCUGAGAAGUAUGAUGGCAAGAAGGGCCCUGCAGCCAAAUCAUUUAUCCUGGAUUGCAAAACCUACUUCCUUAGCAAUGCUUCCUCAUUUCCUUCUGAUCACACAGCAUUCUUGUGCAACUGGAGCAAUCCAGCAGCAGCACAGAUUGCACAACAAUGUUUGCGCAAGCUCAAGCAGCUUAAAUCAGCAAGUGGUUAUGCCACAGAGUUUAGAAUCAUAGCCAGCAAACUAGAAUGGUCAGACCCUGCCCUCAUUGCCUCCUCCUGCCAAGGACUCAAGACAGAAGUCAGAAGCAAGCUAAUUGAAUACACCCUGCACAAGAACAUCACUGCACUGGACAAGUUUAUCUCUACUGCCUGCCUAAUUGAUGACACACUGUUUGAAGCAUGCAAGGAGCUAAGAAAUGAUAGCAACAGCAGCACCAGCUCACCACAACGCCCUGCUCAAGGGCACUCAAGCAAUUUUGCUUCCAAGCAGAGAAUCACUCAGGGAAUUGACUCAGAACUUGCAGCUGGAAAGAUUGUGCCAGCCACCUCACCAGCAGGAGCUCCAGUGAUGUUUGUAAAAAGGGCUGAUGGCAAGCUUUGCUUAGUGGUGGACUAUUGCCAGUUAAAUGCCAUCACAAUCAUAGACAGAUAUGCGCUACCCAGACAGGACAAGCUAAUUGAGAAAUUGUGCCAUGCUAAGAUCUUCACAAAGCUAGACUUGAGAAAUGGAUAUCACAACAUCAGGAUCAAGAAAGGAGACAAAUGGAAGGCUGCAUUUUGCACUGCCCUUGGUCAUUUUGCUCCCACAGUCAUGCAAUUUGGCUUUAGCAAUGCCCUGGCUGUGUUUAUGUGCUUCAUGAACAACAUAUUCCGUGAUUUACUUGACAUCUCUGUGGUUGUGUAUUUGGAUGACACCUUGAUCUUCUCAAACUCAAGAGAAGAGCAUUUCUUUGUCACAGAAGUUACCUACAUUGGCCUUGUGAUUUCUCCUGAUGGCAUCCCCAUGGAGAAAGACAAGGUGCAAGCAAUUGUGGACUGGCCUGAACCCCAAAAUGUGAAACAGGUGCAAUCAUUCCUAGGUUUUGCAAACUUCUACCGUUGCUUUGUUCCCAACUUCUCUUGCUUAGCACACCCUCUGAACAACCUUACUCAGAAGGAGCAACCAUGGAUCUGGCAAGAAGAACAAAAGGCUGCAUUUGAUGCAAUCAAGGCUGAAUUGCAAGGAGCCUGUUCUAGCUCACCCUGA